AAUGCCCUUCCCAGAACGGGAAAAACCACCCACCAAAUCUUCAAUCCACCGGCCCGUCAACCCUCACACUCUUGCCGAUUACAAAUUCGCCAACUUCGAGAGUGCUUUUGAACAGAUCUCAACAGUCUCUCACACUGGUCGCGCUGUCGCUGUUUAUAAAUAACGCCUGCUGAGACACCGACCGAGGCUACAUGAACAAACUGCUUCAGCUCUUACCAAGGGAGUUUCAACACGACAUCGCUCAUCGCGUCUCAUAGCUGAGCAUCAACACUCUCACACAUACGGACGCAAGACUUCACCUUCAGAAUCACUUUACCCAACUGCACAGAAGCCGCAGAGCCGUCAUCAUGGCCCUUCCUCCGAUUGUCACGGCGACGCUCCAGUCCGCUGUCCUCAGCGGCACGUCCAACCUACUGGCCCAAGCCCUGACGGCCUACCAAACCGAUAGCCAACUGGUCAUUGACUGGGUUCCCGUUUUCCAGUUCAUCAUCUACACCAUCGUCAGCACUCCACCCAACUUCAUAUGGCAAGGCUUCCUCGAGGAGACCUUCCCGGCCUACCUCGUCUCGCCCACCAAGAAUGCCGUAGCUUCGGCCGCCGCCAACGACGAAAAGAAGUUGGACCGCGAGGCGCGCGAGAACAAGCUCGUGGAGCCCAAGCUCAACAUCCGCAACACGCUCAUCAAGCUGUUCCUCGACCAGACCGUUGGCGCCGCCCUCAACACGCUUGCCUUCAGCAUGUUCAUGCACAGCAUCCAGACUGCCAUGACCCGCCCGGAGCACCUCGCCGCCGCGCACCACUCGGGGUCGUACCUCUUCUCGCGCGGCGCCAUCGACUACAGCAAGGUCGACUGGCGGGCCGUUGUCCGCAGCAGCCAGCUCGAGUUCGUGUCCAUCUUCCUCGCGGGCCUGAAGCUGUGGCCCGUGGUCAGCUUCAUCAACUUUGCCUUCAUCAAGAGCAUCGAGGGCAGGAACCUGGUCGGUGCCUUGGCCGGCGUUGCUUGGGGUAUUUACAUGAGCUUGGUUGCGGCCCGUUGAGUCCGACUUGUUUGGUGGCGGUGUAAGUCACC